AUGGAAAGUGGAUUGGAAAAGCAAAUCAAUGAAUUUCUUGAAAAGUUUUCAAAUCGUUCUGUGGAAGAUGACUUUAUGUACAAUACAGGCUUAAUUAGAGCCCGCAGUAACAAUAUGGAUGAUUAUGAUGCACUGGAAAUGACAGAAAAGUAUGUUGACUUCUCGGACCCAUCACAAUCAGAGAAUAGACAUUCUUAUCAACAACAGAUGUCAGUUAACAGUGCAACAUCGGUGCAAACCGUAAUUUUCAAUAAUUCAUCGCUGACGGGAAAUGAUUUAAUAGCUCAAAUGAAUGCAUCAGAGAGUUUAUCAUCAAUUUUAACUAGAUCAAGUGGGAGUAGUCAUAAGCAUAAGACAUUAAGUGUUAGUUCGGCUGAGGAGCCAUUGCAUAUAUCAGAUGUUGCUGAUUUGCUGCACCAACAGUAUGCCAUCAUUACAGGUGGAAGAUCCAUGGAAGGAUCGCCAAUAAUAACCUUUCCGGACCAUAAUAGUUUCCAUUUAUUAAAUGAUAGAGAUUAUCAGAGAUUAAUACAGUAUUUAGUGGGAGUAACAAGUUUACAAGAUGCCGAUCUCGGAUUUCAUUUGAUAAUCGAUCGUCGUAAGCAGUCGUGGGCGUCAGUCAAGUCAGUAUUAGCGAGGAUCUCAUCGUAUUUUCCAGGAAUUGUACAAUGCGUUUAUGUGAUAAGGCCAUCAGGCUUCCUACAAAAAGCUAUUUCAGAAGUUAGUUCAAAGUUCUUUAAAGACGAAUUUCGCUUCAAAAUGAUUAUCUGCGCUCAAAUCGAUGAGCUUCAUCACUUUAUACAUAAAUCACAAUUAACAAUGGACUUGGCUGGUGAUUUAUUCUAUUCGCAUCAUGAAUGGAUUCAACAGAGAAUUUCGCUGGAGAAUUUUUCUGCUCAAACAACACUUGUUGCUCACCAUUUAGAGAUCUUUAUGCGAACAAUUCACGAUACAGAAUUUCCAAAUUCCACAGAAUCAACAGAAGCGCUAUUGGUUGAGCAAGGUAUCGAGUAUACAAAAUUAAAGGAUGAGAUUCUGCAAGUAGGACAGAAGGGUGAAGAAUUGCUAGCAGAAAUAAGAAGAAAAGCUGAAUUAUGUGUGGAUCGAGUGGGGAAUUUAAGUUCAAUAGAACGUCGCGAUACCUCCAGAUUAAUUGUACAAUUGCAAGAGACGGAAAUGAGGUUCGAUCAUUUCUAUGAAGAGCACACGAAAGAACUUAGGAUUUGCUUAGAGUUGCGACGUUUUGAGCAGGACUUUAGGGAACUUCAGACCAAAUUCGAUAGCUAUUUAAAGAUAAUGAACGAAAUGACAGAGAUUGGUGAUACGGUCGUAAGAAUCGACCAAUUAAUUCAAGAGACACAUUCAUUCCGGCAAUCGUGUGAUGAGGAUGUUGAGAGGGCAUCGAGUGUGAUAGAGAAUGGGAGGUCCAUUAUCGAAAAUAAUGAUAAAAUCUCCUCAAAGGAUACCGUUGAGCCAAAAUGUAAUGAACUGAAUCGUAUGUUGGAAAUGUUUAAUGAGAAAGUAUCAAAGCGUGUAGAGACAUUAACGAAUGCUCAUCGACUAAUGGAGCGAGUCGAGAAGGCUAAUGAAUGGUGUGCCAAAGGAAUUGAUUUACUUGCGUCACAAAGGAUUGAGAAUAUGUCACUGUCGUCUGAUAUUGCUGAGCAGAAGUUGCAAGACAUUUUAGCUUUUGUUGAAUCAGCAAAAGAUUUUGAGCUUUCUAGUCUUAAAGACCUUAAGAGCUGUCAAGAAGAAAACACAACUUCACUCGAAACGAUUAUAUUGUCUCAAGUUCUACAGCGAAUAGAUGACGUUACUCUCAUGUGCGAUAAGCGAAUUGCAACGUUAAAGAAGUCAGCAUGCAAACCAGCACGUCCAGUACAAAGUGUUCAACCAGAGCCGGCUGUUCCUCUACAACCAAAUUCAGGUGCACCAAACUUAUUAAGAGGCCGUAAAAAUUCAGGACAGAGGGUUGACAAUUACAUAACAAGACCGUUGUCAUGUGAAGGACCCUCUGACUCAGGUGUGUCGGUGAGCAGCGAGAACAUCUUUAGUCCCGAUGGAGAUAAUACAUCGCUUACGGCACAAUCUCAAACGGACUAUGAAUCUCGAAAAGUGAGGCAAAAGCACGUGCUGACUGAAUUACUUGAGACGGAAAGAAUUUAUGUCAAUGAAAUGAGAUCAAUAUUGACAGGUUAUAAAGAUAAAUUACUUUCGGAGGAAAUGCAAUCGAUGGUUCCAGCUGGUUUGCAGGGCAAUGCUGACAUUCUCUUUGGCAAUCUCCAAGAAAUUUAUACUUUUCACUCGGAUGUGUUUCUAAAGGACUUAGAAAAUUCCAUUUGUUUGACUGAGCUCGUAGCACUUUGUUUUGUUCAGAGGCGUGAUGUAUUUUUCCGCUUAUACUCUUAUUAUUGCCAAAAUAUCCCGCGUUCGGAGAGAUUACGAGAGACACUCGUUGACACUCAUUUAUUUUUAUCUGAAUGUCAAAAGAAACUCGGUCAUAAGUUGCCAUUAGCUGCAUAUUUGUUGAAGCCAGUACAAAGAAUCACAAAAUAUCAAUUAUUGCUCAAGGAUUUGCUUAAAUUCAGUGACUCGGGAACAUGCACGAAGGAAUUACAGAAAGCUUUAGACUGCAUGUUGGUCGUCUUAAAGUGCGUGAACGACUCAAUGCAUCAGAUUGCUAUAACUGGAUUUCCGGCUGAUUUGUCACAACAAGGAGAUUUGUUACUUCAAGAUUCGUUCCAAAUCUGUUCGGAAAAUAAGAAGGAUAUUAAAUUAAGGAUAAAGCCACAGCAACGUCACGUAUUUCUGUAUCAGAAAGCAAUUCUGUUCUGUAAACAAGAUACAAAAACUGGACAUAAUAAAUCAACUUAUCAGUUUAAGCAUUGGUUAAAGAUGUCCCAAAUUGGUUUGACUGAGUCAGUACGAGGUGAUGUAAAGAAAUUCGAGGUAUGGCUGCAGGGUCGAAGUGAAGUACAUACAUUCCAAGCUGCAACAAUUGAAAUCAAAGGAAAAUGGGUUUCAGAAAUCAAAAGGGUCUUGAUGAAUCAAUUAGAGGAACUGAAAGAUGAAAAGAUCAAACAAUACGGAAAUCAUGUCAAUCACAGGCCAUUGAAGCAAUCAAAUUCAGGAUCGUACGAAGUUCCAUCAAUGAACAUCAAUCAACGUGCAAUGAGUGUUGAGAGUACGCCUGAGAAUGCCAAACAGAGAAAUAUUACGCCACCGAUAACGGUUGCUGAUGAUGCAAAUAAUACAUGGAAUUCAACUGGAAUCAGCGCAUCAUCAUCAGAGCAUGAUAAUCAUGAGACCAAUGCGUGGAGCUCCGAUUGUUCAAAUAGUGAAGAUGAUAAUACAUUUUUAGAAGAGAAUGCCGUGCCGGGUACAAAGUUUAUCGCACUAGCUGAUUAUAACGCAAUGGGAAAUUCAGAAGUAUCGUUGAAAGAAGGAGCUACAGUUGAAUUGAGGAAACUGGGCUGUGCUGGUUGGGUCUUUGUAAAGAAAUUAGAUGAUGAAACGGAGGGAUGGGUUCCCUGUGCAUUUCUACAAUCGACCGGAUCAAUGGAGAGUAGCAUUAAAAAGUCAUCGAAACACAAACACAGAACUUAA